AUGUCCGAAGUUUAACAGUCUUAAAAGAAACUAGAUUCAGUUGAUUAGUAAGAAAGCCAGAAAAAAGAAGUUCUGCCCUAGUAGAUAGCUAGAAAAUCUAUAAUAGAUCUUAAAAAAAUAUAAACAGAUGAUCCAAAUCAUAAAAAUGUUAUUUAAAAUCCAAAUACAGUUGAUGGAACACCAUCUUUAUAGGUUAUUGAUGAUUAAUAAGAGAAACUCAAAGGGCAAACAAGCUUUGGAGAAGCUUUGAAUCAGAAUUAGCAUGAAGAAAAUAUUUAAGCCAAAAAUUAAUAAAGAAAUAGCAUAAAUUUAAAUCUUUAAAAUGCAGGCUAGUUUUCUCCAAAGAAAGGAGAUUAUAAUAGCUCUUUAUCUCCUAAAAGGAGAAUGAUGUAGCAAGGAGGAAACACACCAUGCAUUUCUCCAUUACCUGAUUUAAAAGUGCAAAGAAGCAAAUUUGACGUUUCUUAAACUUAGUUUUUUAUUACAAAUAUAAAUGCUUUUAGAGGAUUAGAAAGCUUUCCUAAGAUCAAUGAGCUUCAUAAUUAAAUUAGUUCAAUUAUAGACGAUCUAGAGGGAAAAUUAGAUACUGUUGUAGAGCGUCACGAGGCAGAAUUUCUCUUUGCUUAUCGUAAUCACAUGUCUAAGAUUAAAUAGGAGAUGGUAGAUAUGAAAAAGUAAGCUGAAGAAUAAGAGAAAAGACUUAAUGACAAUGACCGUGUUGCUGGCUUAGAAAGGUAAAUUGUGUGGCUGAGAGAUGAGUGCUUAGCCUUGUAUAAAAUUAUUGGUAAAAAAAAAGAUGAUUUAGCUUGUAGAGAAAGAACAAUUAGAGAUUUAUAAAGGGAUAAUUAGCACUUGUAAAAUUAAAUUAAAGAGCUAAUGAAAAAAAACAAGCUGCUUUAAAUGAAAAUUCCUAUUUAAGGUAUUACAAAUCAAACAUAGAUUGAUUUGAAUAACAAUACUUAAUAAUCUAUCAUAGGAUUACAAGAUUAAAUAAAUAUGUAGAGUCCAGUAUAGUCUCCAAAAUAGUCUUAACAGUCACCUAAAUAGUAAAAAAAUCAAUAGGAUGAAGGAAAUUAAGAUACUUUGUUUUAAUCUUAAUAUUAAGAAUCUGUUUCUAAGUAAUAAAAUAACAUUAGAUAAGAAGAUGAAAUGUAUAUUACUUAAAAUGUCUAAAUGAUUAAUUUGCCUUAACAGUAAACCCAAAUUUCUCCUACAAUAGCUUCUUCUAAGAGAGCUUCACUCUAAAAUUAAAAUAUAUAACAAUCUUAGCAAAUAAAUUUUGAAUAAAUAAUUACAAAAUAAUAAGUUAGCAUUUUAGAAGAAGCAAAUCCUGAAUUUGGCUCUCAAAUUAUUAGUAUUGUGAAGAAAAAUAUUGAGGGAGAAAUAAGUGUUGCUUAACUUAUACAUGAAAUAGCAUAAUAUUGUAAAAUAAUUACAGAUAGAAAAUAAAAGCAGUAUAAAUAAGUCAAAGAUAAGUUGGAGAAGACACUAAAAGAAAAGUUAAAAAUGGGAAUGGCACGUUCUGAUUUAGAAACUUUCUUUUUGGAAUGUGUUGAAACAGCAAGGAAAUAAAUUAUAAAAAGAAAAUAUGUGGCAGGAGGCUCAGCUAACUAAACUGCAAAGAAGGGUGAGUAAAAUGGACUAAGUUAAACUAAUUAGAACAGCAUCUUUUAAAGCCCAAAUAAAAAUAUGGGCGAUUUUGUAGAAUCAAUAAAAGAUUAUAAAGUAUUUAGAAGUGAAGACAAAGUAAAAAUUUUAGAGCUUCUUCUUUCUCAUGAAAAGCUAAUGAUGUAUCUCUAUUAAAAAAUUUUCCCUACACAUUUUAAUGUCCAUCUCCAAAAUGCAUUAGAAAACUAAGAGGAUAUUCCUCUUUAUUUACGCCCUUAAAAGAAUUCCUAAAAUAAUAAUAAAUUUAUUAACAUAAACGAUCAUUAAUUCUCUGGUUCAUCUGCUAAGAAUCAAGAGAAUUAUCUUGAUUUACUAACAGAAGAAGAUCCAAGUGUUUAGAAUUUCUAAGAUAACAUUAUAUAUCAAAAUGGUAAUAGCAAAUCUAAUGACUUUAAAACUAAACUUCCCUCCCUCUAAGAAUCACAGUAAAACUAGAAUAUUCUGAAUUUAUACUAGGUAAAUGCUAAAAAUAAAAGAAAUUCCGUUGAUCAUAAAGGUGCAUAUGAUUUUAGUAACCCUAGCUCCUUACAAGAGUACUCUUCUGCAAUGUCUAAACCCUCUACAUAAAUAAGCAGGUUAGGCUCUUUAAAUAAUAAAUAUAUUUAACAAAGAAAUUAUAGUCAAAGAAACACAAAUAGAAGUAGUAACUAUGAUGCUUUUUCUGAUUAAAAAAAUAAAUCAAUAUCUAGAAAUAUAGGUGAUAGCUCUUUUGACGAUUCAAAAUAAAUUUCUUACAACAUCCGUUCUGACUUAUAAUAAAUCAAUGCCUCAGAGCAUGUGUUGUCUUUAACUUCCCCUUUAACAAAUUCAAGUGCCAAAAAUCAAGAAAAUCGUAUUGUGUAAGAUAAAUUAAACAUUAUCAAUGGGAAAUUGGCAUUUAAAAACAUUUGA